AUGGAGAGGGCGGCGACGAAAGUCCUGGUGGUCGGAGGCACGGGUUACUUGGGCCAACACGUACUGGAAGGGCUAUCAACGAUCGCCGACGAUGCCGUUCCUUACGAUCUCGCAUUCACCUACCACUCCACUCCAAACCCUCCCCCGCUUCUUCUCGCCGGCGUUCCCCAGUGCCUCGCUUUCCACGUCGAUCUGCGAACCGGCGACGGACUGGAAACUGUUUCUCGUCGAUUCGGCCAGCCUGAUAUCGUGGUGAACUGCGCUGCGAUCUCCGUUCCUCGUGUGUGCGAGAAGGAUCCGGAUGCAGCCAUGGCGGUCAAUGUGCCUUCCGCACUGGUGAAUUGGAUCUCCAGUUUCCAAGAUAGGGACGCUCUUCUUCUCAUUCACUUAUCCACAGAUCAAGUUUAUGCAGGGGUGAAAUCUUUCUACAAGGAAGAAGACGAAGCCGCACCGGUGAAUGUGUACGGUAAAUCAAAGGUGGCUGCCGAGAAGUUCAUAUCUGAGAAAUGCUCGAAUUACGCCAUUCUCAGGAGCAGCAUCAUCUAUGGGCCUCAGACCAUUUCACCUGUUCCCAAAUCUCUGCCAAUUCAGUGGAUCGACGGUGUUCUUUCCAAAGGAGAACCUGUGGAGUUCUUCCAUGAUGAGUUUCGGUGUCCAGUUUAUGUGAAGGAUGUUGUCACUGUCAUCCUGUCUUUGAUACACAGAUGGAGAUCAGAGGGUGACAAGCAAAUGAAGCUACUGCUGAAUUUGGGUGGACCAAAUAGGGUUUCUCGAGUUGAAAUGGCUGAGGUUGUAGCAAACGUAAGAGGGUACAACGCAUCGUUGAUCAAGCCAGUCUCAGCAUCAUCGGUUGAUCGGGGUGUGUCAUCUCCAGCUGAUAUCUCCAUGGAUAUUUCCAAUCUGGUGCAAGCACUAGGCAUUCGCCCCACUCCUUUCCAAGAUGGUGUGAAAUCGACUCUUGAAAUUGCUUGA